AUGGCCGCCACUACCGUAACCGAACACGUGUUGUUCGACUUCGAGGUCAGCGACGUGUUCCAGAACGAGCUCAACGACAAUCUUUACAACCUGAACAUGUCACAAGACAACAAGGCCGUGAACACCAGCAAGAGCAAACGCAUGCUGAAGCCGUUAAAGCCGUUGCUGCAAAUGCUCAAGAGGCGCUCCAGCAAAUACGUCAAAAGCAAGAAGCGUCAACAGGCCGUGCCACAGAUUGAAAUCUUCACCGAGGAGGUCGACAAUCAGAACAACGCCAAUGAGGCGUUGGAGCGCAGACUCCUGCAGGAGUUACAAGACGCCGAGGAGGGUGCCGCCAUCACUGUCUGCCUGGACGGACAGAUGACUGUCGUGCCGGUUGUGCCUGGUCAGUGUUACGUGCCGGUGCAUUUCGCCCACACCCACGCCGGCGACUUCUACUGGACGACACUCAGCAUGGCCGACAGAGACCUGUGCUACAAGGAACGUGCAUUCUCGCAGCAUCAGCUCCCAGAGGUGCAGGUGGCGUGA